AUGACUUGUUCUGGACCUCUGGUUUUUUUCUUGCCUGAAUCAGUCAUGGGGAACGUAUUUUCUAACUCCCAAAAGACACCUUUACAAUGCCUAAUUUCCAAUUUACGUACUCUAAAAAUUAAAGGUACCAUAAAAACUAAACAACUAACUUUUUACUGCCAGGAGUUCUGGCCAACCUACCCGCUUAUCGGCAAGCCUUGGCCCAAACAAGGAACAUUUGACCCCUGCAUUCUCAGGAGCUUGUAUGAUUUUUGUCAAGCUGACAACAAGUUAUUAGAACUCCCUUAUAUUCAAGCCUUUCUUAUUCUGAGAACAUGCCUAUCUCUCAUUAAGUCUUGUGCUCCCGCUCAGAUACUUUUAGCUAAGUCUACUGUGCUGCAAACUUUUCCGUCCUGCCCUCCGGUGUUUUCCCGGCCGCCGCCUGCCUACCACCAAACUCAUUCCCUGCCUUUACCUCCUGCCGGACUGCUCUCCCCUCCCCCUAGGCCUGAUUCUCUCAGCAGCUCUAAUCCCUCUCGGUUGCAGAAACCUCCCGCUGUGCGAUCAUCUCCCUCUCCACCUUACAGGACCCAUAACUCUCCCAGCAGCUCUAAUCCCUCUGUGUCGCAGUUAUCUCUCGCUGUUCGAUCCUCUUCCCCUCCAUCUCCUGGGACCCAUAACUCUCCCAGCGGCUCUGAUUGCUUUGUUAGUGCUUCCUCGCCAUCUGUGACUUCUUCUUCUCCUGAGAAUUUUCUAUCCCCUACAGCAUUCUCACCACCCGCCCACCAUACUAGGUCUCAGUCGCUAUGUCCUUCCAGCAGGCCAUGUGAUUGUUCCAGCUUGCACCGGGAACAGUCGCCAUGUUGCAACCCUCUGCCACGUGGCAUGGCGCCGCCAUGUUUUGGGUCACAUGGCGACAGGGCGCCACCAUGUUCCCAGGACCCUCACUGUCAACGGGCAUCCCCUUGUGGCUCCUCUUGUGAACUGCAACAGCCGUCCUGUUGCGGUGCACAUGAUGCUUCAUUGUGCUGCCGACAGCAGUCCUCUUGCUGCAAGGCACACAGUGAGACACCAUCUGCCUGUGUUUCCCAGGGUGACCAGCAGCAGCUCUGUAGCCGCUCUACAGAUGAUUGCUCACAUGUGCCUACUUGACGGAUGGCUGCCCAAUGGCCCUCUGCUCCGGAAUCUCCUCAGGCUCUGCUACCGCUGCAGGAGCAAGCUGGCCCCGAGGGGCUUGUUAACAUCCAUGUGCCUUUUUCCCUUUCUGAUCUAUCCCAGAUUACCCAUAAAUUAGGUAGCUUUUCUGUUGACCCACAGAAUUAUAUCUGGCAAUUUAAAUUUAUUACUAAUUGUUAUGAUUUACAUUUUAAGGACAUUUAUGUGAUUCUAAAUACCACUCUCAGAUCAGAAGAACAAAAUCAGCUGUGGCAGGCAGCUCGAGAAGAGGCUGAUCGCAGGCACAGAGCAAAUACUACUGACAAUGACCCUGGGCCUGUAGCUAUGCCAGACCAAGACCCUAACUGGAACUAUCAAAAUGGUCAAGGUUCAACAAAAUUACAUAAGAUGAUUGAGUGUCUGAUUGUGGGCCUUAAUAAGAUCACUCACAAACACACUAAUUAUAACAAGCUUUUAGAACAGGUCCAGGAGGCUAAUGAAAACCCAACUGUGUUUCUAAAUCAGCUUCGGGAAACCUUAAUUAAAUAUACCAAUGUAAACCCAGACUCUCACGAAGGGAUGAUUGUUGUUAACUCUUAUUUUAUUUCACAGUCUGCUCCUGAUAUUCGUGCAAAAUUACAAAAGGUUGAACAUGGCCCUCAAACUCCACAAGGGGAUCUACUUAAAUUAGCCUUCCGUGUCUUCAGCAAUAGAGAUAAGGUUCAAAAGGAGGAAAAACAGGCUCAAAAAUUAAAGUUUGCUAAAUAUCAGUCUGACCUCUUAGCAGUGGCACUCGGAGUUCCCAAGACAAAAAAAUCCGCAACAAGGUGUGGCUGCCUGAGUCCCGCCCGGACCGUGCUUCAAGUGCAGCAAGCAAGGACACUGGGCAAAAGAUUGCCCUAACCCUGGCAUUCCUCUAGGACCAUGUCCAUACUGCAACCUUAAAGGGCAUUGGAAGAGCGACUGUCCUGGCCGCCAACGAGCGGGUAAGCCAUCCUCUAAUCCCUCGCCCUCACAGGAGACUCUGUCAAUGCCAGACUCGUCGCUGACUGACCUGCUUGGGCUUGCUGCAGAAGAUUGACGGGGCUCGGGGCUCACAGCCCCCACUCCGGUAACCUUGUCGGAGCCCCGAGUCUCACUGGAGGUCUCAGGACUACAACCAAGGUGGAGUGGCCCCCAUCUGGUCUACUUGGCUACCCCUACAGUGGUCAAAGUUGCUGGACUCCCAUCCUGGCUUCACAUCACUCAGGCUAAGAGGUGCCCUCCCAGCCCUAAAUCUGAUCAUUCUGAGUGGUCAUCUCAUCUUCUGUCACCCACCCAUCUCCGUUUCACAAAGGCCUCACAGCCACAGUUAACAGGCUAAGUCAUGCUUUGUUAUCCACUUUGGUUCCUAAUUUCUUACAUUCUAUUAAUGAUCAUUUUUACAGCAGGACUCUUGACAGUCUUUCCUAAAGACGCCCACAUCAUGCGUAAGAUAACCUUCAUAAUGUUCUAUAUGAUAACAGUUGCAGUUCUUUCUACCCUCAGCUGUCUGGUUAAACGUGACAUCCCUGAAAGCCUAAGCCCUUACCUUCCCUAUACUGCUACAGCCACCGCCUUCCCUGCUCCCCCUAUUCUUUCCAGUUCAACUCCUGGACCAGAGACAAGUUUUAUACACCUACCCUCUUAACUUUUAUGCUUUCAGAUGGGGGAGUAAUCACCUCUCAUAACUCCACUCCUCCUAACCCCAUGUUUAAUUUUCAGAAUUCUGCCUUACCAUGGAAAUGUUUCUACCUCAACAUGGUCCUGAUAGAAUGAUAUGUCUAAAUCAAAGGCACCUUUCCCUCUACCUCACCUGGGUCCUUAAAUAUGACAGUGCCAUGUCUCCUCAUAACAUCUUGUCUCUUUGUUUUUCCAGUCUAACAUACGUGCAUUCACCAGUGAAGUUGUCCUGGCUAAAACACCUGGCACCAGCGUCUACCUGGGCAUCAACCUUCAUCCCGUCGACUCCCCUAGGCUCCAGUACAGCGCCCUCUGCCAGCAGGAAGUAGUUAAAGAGAGAAAUCUUCACCCCUUUUCAUAAUAAUAAUCAUAAGACGGGAUAUGAAAGGGUUUUGACCCAGACAGGACACUGUAGCCAGGAAAGCCACAACCGGAAGCAGGAAGCCCCAUCUACCCUGCCCCUAGGAAGUUACCUGUGACGCCAUCUUCCCGCCCCUGGAAAUUUACAUAUGGCACCAAACCUAGGACCAAUGGGCUACCUGUGCAUCCCUAAUGCCCGCCUUAGGUUCCACCCCAAACCGAGGCUAUUUACAUGCCCCCACGCCACAUGUCUGCCGGAGAGAUCGCCGGACGCCAGCGGUGGGGCUGCUGGUCAUCUCUCUCCAUGUUCUCAGAAUAAAGGCCGCUUUUUAUUUUA